AUAACCCCACCCGUUUCGUUCUUUCAUUUUCCCUUUCAAAUUUCAUCACCGCUUCACACAGAUCUAAAAUCGUACACAGAACCCAGCGAAGAAGAAGAAGAAGAAGCUCUCUCUGUUAACAAUGCCUCCUCCCACUGAAGGAGACUUGGAUCUUAGGCCAUCUUCGAACUCUGCGUUCUCAAUCGGAGAGUACUCGUUCGCCGAUGUGGGGAAUUUGGACCAUUGCGCCAAGUAUUUGAACCAGUCACUCGUCACAUUCGGCUUCCCAGCUUCCCUCGAUCUCUUCGCAAACGACCCCGUUUCCAUUGCGCGUACUUGCAAUUGCCUGUACUUUUUGCUUCAGCAGAGACAGCGCGACGUUGAAUUUAGAGAGUCUGCUAACGAUCAAAGGCAACGACUAUUGUCAGAUAUAUCUAGAUUGGAGGCCAAAGUUGAGAGGCUUGAAGGGCAACUACAAGCCAAAGACAGAGAGAUAGCAACGAUUACUCGAACGGAAGCUAAAAACACUGCAGCUCUCAAGGCUCAGAUUGAGAAGCUACAACAGGAGAGAGAUGAGUUUCAGAGGAUGGUUAUUGGUAAUCAGCAAGUAAAAACUCAGCAAAUACAUGAGAUGAAGAAGAAGGAAAAGGAAUACAUAAAGUUGCAGGAGAGGUUAAACCAAGUGUUGAUGGAGAAGAAGAAAGAAUCUAGGUCAGGCAUGGAGAUAAUGAAUUUGCUUCAGAAGGAAGGAAGGCAACGUGGAACGUGGAACGGGAAGAAAACUGACAAUGAUUUUUAUAAGAAGAUUGUGGAUGCUUAUGAGGUGAAAAAUCAAGAAUUGAUAGCAGAAAAUGCUGAUUUGAGAGCAUUAUUGAGAUCGAUGCAGGUGGAUAUGCGUGAUUUCUUAAAUGCUCCUGAUGGGCUACCAAAGCAAUCUGUCAUUGGCAAUGAAAGAGUUGAAAAUGAUCCUUCACAAUCUCCAUUAGUUGGGAGAACGGAUGUAUUUGACCUUCCUUUUCACAUGGCCAGAGAUCAAAUUGAAGAAAGUCUUCGAAACAAGAUGGCUUCUAUCAAGGAGCGCAUGGGUCAGUUGCAAGAUGCUCAGAAAGGGGCAGAAGUUACUUCUGAAGCUACUGAGAGGGAACUUGAGCUUGAAGCUCAACUUGUUGAAGCAAGGAGUAUUAUACAGGAGCAGGCAUCAAUAAUGUCUAAACAUCUUGCAAAGUCUGAUAGGCCAAGGGAAUCUAUCAUCCCAGCUGCUGCUGAGCUGGGAAGUUAGGAAUUGUCUAAGGCGUCUUUGUCUUAAAUAAAAUCUGCAUUAUUAGGUCUAUUUAUUGAGAUCAUAAGACUAAACACUUUUGUUUGUAAGUGCGCAACUUACCAAGGAAGAAGUAUGUCAGUAGCUCGCCGUGUGUAACUAACAUAGCUGAGGGUACUUGCUGCUAGUCUUUGAUUAUGGUGGCUCCAUAGUGUAACAUUCAUGGACGGCAUGCUUUAGCUUGCAUGACUAACCUUGCUUGUCCAUCCUGCAAUGCUGUAGUUUAUGUAACAGGCACCCAUGUGGUUGAAUGUCAUUGUUAUUAGUAUGAUGUUGUAAUUAGUAUUAUGGCACCCUUGGAAGUGCCUCUAGAAGAACAAUGAUAUUUAUGUCAAAAAGACUUCGAACUGUACCAUUUCAGAUUCACAACUAGGAAGAUUUUAUAAUACCAUCAUUAGCUCUUCUGAGAUUCAUGAA